CUUGGCCUCGGCAAGACGUCGGGCUGAGUUGGCCAAGAUGGAGUGGGCUCUCAAGUGCGAAAUAGGUGGCCCCGGCAUGAAUCCAGUUGGGCGACUUUGAAAAAAAAUGGACGGAAAUUUCACAUCUGCGAACCUGCCCCUUGUCCAUGUGUCAAGCAAUGCUAGUAAAAUGCCAUCAAAGGGGAGGGGAAAUGUGCGGCACGGAACGCCUUAGUCAGCAGCGGCUGUCAGGGCUAGAGGCACAUGUUCCGACAAAGACGGCGGCAGGCUUCGUGGUGUGCAGUGAACGGGCAGAACCCUGGCCAGGAACACCGUCCCGGGGUCCGGGGUCUUCGGGCGCGCGCGCAGGGCCGACCAACUGACUCUCCACAAAGAUGGCAAAAAAGGGGUGGAAGCAGACCAGAGACCAGUUGGUUCACGACGUGCAUAUGUGCGAGCACGGCGGGGCUGCAUGGAGACGAGGUAAAGGCAAAUAAGUACCCAGGUAUAUAUAGGUGUUAAGAUGCCUACUAGUACAUCGUCCCGGCUCUUUUAUCGGGACCCUCGACGUCUGCUCUGCCUCUCGACGCACAACAGGAGCCCCAGCACAGCCUUGCGCCGGACAGCCGCACCACCACUGCCGUUGCUUCGCAGUUUGCGCCAUACCACGAGCCGAUACAGCAGCAGUCUCGGCAAUUCCCACCGACGCAGCAGCAGCAGCAGCAGUAGGACCAUGGCCGCCCCUACCACGCCCACCCCAGCCACCAGCAGGCCGCGCGGGCAGAUGCGGCUCCGGCCGGCGCGGCCCGAGGAGAGCGUGGCCAUCGCGCGCGUGCACUUUGACGCCUUCGGGUCCAGCCCCAUGGCGAGCCUUCUCCAUGGGGGGCCCGGGGGCGUGUCGGAGCAGACCGUGCGCGGCUUUGCGUCGGACCUGUUCCCGGGACCGGACCACGACGAGGCGGCCAAGGGUGAGCGGCUCCUCACGGUGGCCGAGUUCGUCCCCGAGGGUGAUGGUGACGGCGGCGAGCAGCAGCAGCAGCAGCAGCAGCCAGAGCUGGUGGCGUUUGCCAAGUGGACCAUCUACCGGCGCGAGCGCACCGCGGCGCAAUGGGACGUGGAAGAGCCGGCCGCGGCCGAGGAGGAGGCGGGCGGGUCCAGCAGCGCCGUCGUCCUGGACGCCUUUAUUGGGGACUUGCACCGCACGGCGCGGGCGCUGGCCAAGGGGGAGCCUCACAUGCACCUCAACAUCCUCGCGUGCAAAAAGGCCCACGCCGGGCUGGGCGCGGGCACGGCGCUGCUGCGGGCCGGGCUGGAGCUCGCCGACGAGCUGGGCCUGCCGACGCGGCUCGAGUCGUCGCCGCUGGGCUACCGGCUGUACGCGCGGCACGGCUUCGAGCCCGUGGCGGCGCAGGACCUCGAGAUCACGCGCCGCUGGGGCAAGGCCCACGCGGCCGGCGAGAACUGGGGCCACGGCAACGCCGUCGAGGUGUGCGGCCCGGCCCCCGAGGGCUGCUACAGGUCCGUCUUUAUGCGGAGGCCGGCCAAGGCGCUGUGAGGGGUGGUGGUGACGAGUUGGGCCUAAUGUGGGAACGUAAAGGUUCUGGGCGGGGAUUGUUGUAAGGAUGUCAAAAUCAAUGAUAAUAAACAUCAGUUUGAGUUUCAGCACACACCAAAGCACUGCGCAUCCGCCCAGUUGGGUUACACAAGCCGGUGUAACCUCCAUGGAUGGCAUCUGCAACUCAAUGUGUGGCCGCCAUUUCCCCGCACCCAUCAAUAUGUGCGUCAUCCGCCUGCAUGCGUCCACUGGCAAGCACGAGGGGGUGCUUUCCUUCCUCGAGCUGCAGUGAGGCCUU